AUGUCGACUGGAGUUGACGGUCGACAUAUCAACCGCACACCACCUUUCCAGAGGCCAGGCUCUGAAGUCAGUAGACGUUCCAAUUCGCGGGCGUCCCAACCCGCGAACAUACUACGCAAAUCACCGGACACUUGUCAAAGUCCGUCAACCGACAUGAUGGCACAAAGCCAGAGGGCCCGGUACCUGAAGACCGGCGCCAUCGUGGGCGCCUUGUUUUUGAUGAUCCUUUGGCUCUCACCAUCGAAGCCAGCAGUGACAGGCUUUGGCCGCGAGAAAUCUCCCACUGGUGUCGCUCCUCUAACAGACAAAUGUACUAAGCCAUAUGAUCCCUCAAAACCGUUGAUUCAGUACGCUCUUAUGAUCGAUGCUGGCAGUCAGGGCUCUCGAAUCCAUGUCUACCGGUUCAACAACUGCGGCCCUACUCCCGAGCUUGAACACGAGGAGUUUGAGCAGACUGAGAAGAAGAAGGGCGGUUCCGGAUUGAGCUCAUACAAGGAAGAUGCCGAAGGAGCUGCCAAGAGUCUUGACCCUCUCAUGCAGGUUGCAAUGAGGACCGUUCCUGAAGAGUAUAAACAUUGCUCUCCAGUCGCCGUCAAGGCUACUGCCGGUUUGCGAAUGCUUGGGCCGGAGAUGAGCCAGAACAUUUUGGAAGCAGGGGGCGUUGAGAUUAUGGAUGGAUCCGACGAGGGUGUUUACGCAUGGAUUACAACAAACUAUCUUCUCGGAAAGAUCGGCGGCCCAGACGAAACGCCGACUGCUGCGAUCUUUGACCUAGGUGGCGGUUCUACUCAGAUUGUUUUCCAGCCCACAUUCGAAAAGAGCAAGUCAGGUGGUAUGCCGGAACGCUUAGCUGACGGCGAUCACAAGUAUGAGCUCCAGUUCGGUGGACGGGGCUUUGAGCUGUACCAACACUCUCACCUUGGAUACGGUCUCAUGGCUGCACGUGAAGCCAUUCACAAAGCUGUCGUCGAGGGUAAACUGGCCUCCAGCGGAAACGAUAUGGCUUGGUUGAAGCAGCCCAUUGCUAACCCCUGUAUCGCACCUGGUAUGGAGCGCGAUGUGGACGUGAAAUUCGACAAUGAGCACCCACUUGGACCAAAGGUGACUGUCAAGAUGAUCCUCAAGAAGGAAGCUGAAUGCAAACUCGCACCUUGCUCCUUUAAUGGUGUUCAUCAGCCCUCCCUUGAGAAGACAUUUUCCAGGGAAGAUGUUUAUAUCUUCUCCUACUUCUUUGACCGCACCAAGCCACUGGGCAUGCCUGACUCUUUCACCUUGGAGGAGUUGCGCCAGCUCACGUCCACGGUCUGCGCCGGCCAAUCGUCAUGGAAGAUUUUCGAAGGCAUGGGAGAAGCCAUGGCCGAGUUGCGCGACCGUCCUGAGUGGUGUUUGGAUUUGAACUUCAUGCUUGCACUGCUGCACUCUGGUUACGAGAUGCCGUUGUCCCGAGAAGUUAAGAUCGCUAAGAAGAUUAAGAACAACGAACUUGGCUGGUGUCUAGGCGCAAGCUUGCCUCUUUUGAGCCAGGAAUCCGGAUGGACUUGCCGCGUGAAGGAAGUCUCUUAAAUAUGAUGGAUAUGGCGGUAUGGUGAUGCAUUGAAUUUUAUCACAUCAGAUGGCAUGUGUACAUCUGUUUUCUUCUCAUGCAAAUAUGGCUAGAUUUUCGUCACGUCGAUGAUAUUAUUACUGUCUCUAUUAGACUUUGCUCGAUCCCCUGUAUGGUAUAGGAAAAGAACUUGAAAAUGGAAUUGAUGUCCUGAAUACUGCUAGAA